AUGCCUGGCAAGUGGGACGACGAGGAAGAGUCCUCCAGUUCCGGCUCCGAGGCUGGCAGCGCUGUUGCCCCGCCCCCGCACUUGCUCCGCCGCGCCAACAAGUUCGAAGACGAGGAGGAGGAAGAUAGCGACGUCCUCGACUCCUGGGACGCCGACGACUCCGAGGCCGAGCGCGAGAAGGCAAAGAAGGAGGCGGAGGCCCAGGCCAAGGCAAAAGCCGCCGCCGCCGCUGCCGCCGCCAACAAGAAGUCCAAGAACCAGCGCAUCGCCGAGCACAUUACUGAGCGCGCCCGUGCCCAGGCCCAGGCCGACGCCGACUCGGCGCUGCGGGAAGGCGAGACCGAGGCCGAGCGCCGCGAGCGCAUGCGCCGCAGCGAGCAGGAGGCCGAUCUGCAGCACGCCGCCGACCUGUUUGGCGAUGCGGGCCUGUCCGCGGGCACGGGCGGUGGGGCCCGCAAGUCGGCGGCCGCCCUCAAGGCGUCGGCCAUUUCCAUCGACGCGUCGGACCCGUCCAAGACGGUCGACCUGGGCUCGCUGCCGCUCCUCAACCCCGUCACAAAGCUCCAGUUUGACAAGCUGCAGCAGACGCUGGGCCCCAUCAUCAGCGCACACGCGCACAAGGGUCCCUACGUCGUCUUCGCCCAGAACUUGAUCCGCGAGCUGUGCCGCGGCCUGCCGAGCGACCAGAUCAAGAAGAUCAACAGCUCGCUGACGGCGCUGGCCAACGACCGCCUGCGGGAAGAGAAGGCCUCGGAGAAGGGCGGCAAGAAGACCAAGGCCGCCAAGACCAAGACGACGCUGGCCAUUGCGCGGCCCAACACGGUCGACACGGGCUCCUACGAUGACGAUGCCUACGGAGAGUGA